AUGAGCUCCAGCGGAGAAGAGACGUCUGGUGAAGAACGUAUCGCCCGCCGAGUCGCCACAGCACUCUUUGCUGCUCGUAGACGCGCCCACAGCCCGACCGACCCCUCCGACGUGGACUCCGAUACAACGCAAGAUAGUGACACGGAAUCGUCGUCGAGCGAGGAGUAUCCACUCAUGUUGGGAUAUAGAGCCGCUGUUGAGGCUAGGGAACGUAGCUACCACGCUGCACAGCACAACUCGGACACCGUGACGCAUCGACUUCCGGUAGAGGUUCUUUGCCUUAUCUUCGAAUGGGUAGCGCAUCCAGGGCGUAGUAGCGGGGGUCUUUGCGAUGAUGGCUCGGGACAAAUGUUAUUAUACAUCACGCAUGUCUGCCGCCAUUGGAGGUCCAUCGCUAUUGCGCAUGCUACUUUGUGGACCGCUAUACCGUACCAGAACAAAGCGUUAUCGGAGUUGUUCUGGAACAGAGCCCACGGCGCACAGCCUUCAAUAUCGCUCUGCCUUGAUCAGCUAUCAACUAUUCCUCUGGUGUAUAACACGACCUUCUUCCGUGUGCUCCCGUGUCAAUACAGGGUAUCCGCACAUACUCACAAGGAAACGCCGUUAUCGGGAGCGCAAGCGCGUCGACUCGCUGGCAUUUUGGGGAUGGUAGACCCAAUGUCCAAUCUUCAUACCCUCGAACUCGACUACCGAUUGACUUCCCCUACGACGCUAUCCCACGACUUCUUCGCCAAGAGCACCUCCAGACUCCGGUGUCUCUUCUUGAAAGGUGUCGUGUUCCCUUGGGGCUGUGCUCCUACGGCACUCCGCGAGCUCUUUCUGGGCGGCUUCCAAGGCGAAUCGAUGUCCCCACAGCAGUUCACGGAAGGACUUCGUCUUCUACCUUGGCUGGAGGUGCUGAGCCUAGACAGUAUCACGUUCAACGGCGCCUCGGCGAGAUCAGAUGGCGUUGUGCCUUUACCUAACUUGAUACGCCUUGUUCUAAAGGGUGACUACGACGGCUGCGCAUACUGGUGCUCAGUGGUGCAACACCCUGUCGAAGCCAGUCUUGACAUUCAGAUUUACGAGCGGUCCAUGUGGAAGAGCCCCUGCCCAGAUGACGAAGUUCAGGGCAAGAUAUCUACGUUGUUGGAAUCUUUGCACACACGUCAAGGACGCCCUGAGUAUUGCCACGCGACACUUGCACUCGGAGCUGAAGGGGAAGACCCGACGCCGCGCGUUGAAUGUUGUUUAAGAAGUUCAAUCGAACGCUUAGACGCUUAUCCAUAUCUCCGGCUACUAUUGUCCGAUCAUGGACCUCCCGCCGACCGCGGAACAGUCGUACCCAGGAUUCCUCGCGAGAUUUGCGGCGCGUUGCGACAGAGCGAGUGGGUUGUCGUCGAGAUUACGUCUCCGGGUUUCACUAUAGGUGUCGAGGAUGUUCACCACAUCCUCAACGGGGCAGUAUCGCUACAGGAGCUCCGCUUAACUGGCAUGGAGCCCGAUGCAGUAGACGCCGUCUUCGAAUUCUUGAAUGGCGAUCAAAACGACCACGCAAGCCUCAAGAGGAUCGUCCUUCGGGAGGUCGACUUCGGUUGUCGGCUGCACUCAAGGUGCAGCGGCGAGAUGGGCGCAAUAGCAAGCUUGAGCAAGGUUCUCGGGCGUGGCUCCGGGGCCCACAAGCUUGCAUCAGUUGUCUUUCAGAACUGCGCCAUCUCGAGCGACCACAUUCGGACAUGGCAAGAUCAGGACUUGUGCGAUGAGCUGAAGUGGGAUGGAAACAUGGGUCAAGCGCCGACCUCCCAUAAUCCAGAGUAG